CUCGGCCCGCCCCUCCCUCGCUUCUUCCUGCCGGGCGGUCCUCCUCCGCUCUCCGCUCCCUCCGCCCUCUCAGGGCUCUGGCCGCCGCGGAGUGAACGGGACGGGCCCGGCCGCAGAGCGCGGGGUGGCGGGUGGGACGCGGACGCCUGGCAGAGUUGUUCCGGCCCUGCCCACGGAGACGUGAGGAGGUGGAUAUAGGAGAAGAAGUUUGCAGAACUGAAAUGGAGGUCAGAGCUUCAUUACAGAAGGUUAGUGGGUCAUCAGAUUCUGUGGCUACACGAAACAAUGAAGAAUUUGUUUUGGUUCCUCAGCAUGCAGAUGAUACUGCUACAAAACAUGACGAAAAACCUGAACUGAAGAUAGUUUCUAAUGGUGAUGAACAACUGGAAAAAGCCAUGGAAGAGAUUUUGAGAGAUUCUGAGAAAGAGCAAAGCAGUCUUCUUGUUGAUCGCCAAAGUUCCAGUGAGAUUUCAGAUCAUUCAUUUGAGGAUGUUUCAGCCAGCCAAACAAAUCGGCCAUCUCUUCAGUUAAUUUUGGAUCCAUCAAAUACAGAAAUUUCUACACCCAGACCAUCUUCUCCAAGUGGAUUACCUGAAGAAGAUAGUGUUUUAUUUAACAAACUGACCUACUUAGGAUGUAUGAAAGUUUCUUCCCCACGUAACGAGGUGGAGGCUUUACGGGCAAUGGCAACUAUGAAAUCUUCCAGUCAGUACCCCUUUCCUGUUACUCUAUAUGUGCCAAAUGUUCCAGAAGGUUCUGUGAGAAUCAUAGACCAGUCCAGCAAUGUAGAGAUAGCAUCUUUUCCAAUCUAUAAGGUGUUAUUCUGUGCACGUGGACACGAUGGGACAACAGAGAGCAAUUGCUUUGCGUUUACAGAGAGUUCCCAUGGUUCAGAAGAGUUUCAGAUACAUGUUUUCUCCUGUGAAAUUAAAGAGGCAGUAAGCAGAAUUUUAUAUAGUUUCUGUACAGCAUUCAAACGUUCUUCCAGACAAGUGUCGGAUGUUAAAGACUCAGUUAUUCCUACCCCUGACAGUGAUGUGUUUACCUUCAGUGUCUCCUUGGAGGUAAAAGAAGAUGAUGGAAAAGGAAACUUUAGUCCUGUGCCUAAGGAUAGAGAUAAAUUUUAUUUCAAGUUAAAGCAAGGAAUAGAGAAGAAGGUUGUGAUUACAGUGCAGCAACUUUCUAACAAAGAAUUAGCUAUUGAAAGAUGUUUUGGAAUGUUAUUAAGCCCAGGUCGAAACGUGAAGAACAGUGACAUGCAUUUACUGGAUAUGGAAUCCAUGGGAAAGAGCUAUGAUGGGAGAGCUUAUGUUAUCACUGGCUUGUGGAACCCCAAUGCACCAAUCUUUCUGGCACUUAAUGAAGAAACCCCAAAAGAUAAACGAGUGUACAUGACGGUGGCAGUGGAUAUGGUAGUCACGGAGGUGGUGGAGCCUGUCCGCUUUCUCCUGGAGACAGUAGUACGUGUGUACCCUGCAAAUGAGCGGUUUUGGUAUUUCAGCAGAAAGACUUUCACGGAGACUUUCUUUAUGAAGUUGAAACAGUCUGAGGGAAAAGGCCAUACCAAUGCUGGAGAUGCAAUAUAUGAGGUGGUGAGUCUACAGCGAGAGUCUGAGAAGGAAGAACCAGUCACUCCUACCAGUGGAGGGGGUCCUAUGUCACCCCAGGAGGAUGAUGCAGAAGAGGAGAGUGAUAAUGAACUCUCAAGUGGAACAGGUGAUGUGUCUAAGGAUUGUCCUGAGAAGAUCCUAUAUUCUUGGGGAGAAUUGCUAGGAAGAUGGCACAGCAACCUUGGUGCACGACCAAAAGGGCUCUCCACUCUGGUGAAGAGUGGUGUUCCUGAAGCGUUGAGGGCAGAGGUGUGGCAGUUAUUAGCAGGCUGCCAUGACAACCAGGCAAUGCUGGAUAGAUACCGACUUCUCAUCACAAAGGACUCAGCCCAGGAGAGUGUUAUUACUCGAGAUAUUCAUCGUACAUUUCCUGCACAUGAUUACUUUAAAGAUACUGGAGGAGAUGGCCAGGAAUCACUCUACAAGAUCUGCAAGGCCUACUCUGUCUAUGAUGAAGACAUUGGGUACUGUCAAGGACAGUCUUUUCUUGCUGCUGUAUUGCUGCUGCACAUGCCAGAGGAACAAGCUUUCUGUGUUUUGGUGAAAAUCAUGUAUGACUACGGUUUACGAGAUCUCUACAAAAACAACUUUGAAGAUCUUCAUUGCAAAUUCUAUCAGUUGGAGAGACUAAUGCAGGAGCAGUUACCGGACCUGCACAACCAUUUUUGUGAUCUGAACCUGGAAGCUCAUAUGUAUGCAUCCCAGUGGUUUCUCACUCUUUUUACUGCCAAGUUCCCACUCUGCAUGGUCUUCCACAUCAUUGACUUACUGCUCUGUGAGGGUUUGAACAUAAUCUUUCAUGUAGCCUUGGCUCUCCUCAAGACCUCAAAGGAAGAUCUUCUGCAGGCUGAUUUUGAAGGUGCUUUAAAGUUCUUCAGAGUUCAGCUUCCGAAGAGAUACAGGGCAGAGGAAAAUGCAAGAAGAUUAAUGGAGCAGGCUUGCAAUAUUAAGGUACCAACUAAGAAGCUGAAGAAAUAUGAGAAAGAAUAUCAGACAAUGCGGGAGAGUCAGCUGCAGCAGGAAGACCCAAUGGAUAGAUACAAGAGGGAGAACCGGAGAUUACAGGAGGCCAGCAUGAGGUUGGAACAAGAGAAUGAUGACCUUGCCCAUGAACUAGUAACCAGCAAAAUUGCUCUGCGGAAUGACUUGGAUCAGGCAGAAGACAAGGCAGAUGUGUUGAAUAAGGAACUCCUCUUGACCAAGCAGAGGCUGGUGGAGACUGAAGAAGAGAAGAGGAAGCAAGAGGAAGAGACUGCUCAGCUGAAAGAAGUCUUCAGGAAACAGCUAGAGAAGGCCGAAUAUGAAAUAAAGAAGACUACAGCUAUCAUUGCUGAGUAUAAACAGAUCUGUUCCCAGCUAAGCACCAGACUGGAGAAACAGCAAGCAGCCAGCAAGGAGGAGCUGGAAGUGGUAAAGGGUAAAAUGAUGGCAUGUAAGCACUGCAGUGACAUUUUCAGCAAGGAGGGCGCUUUGAAACCAGCAGCCGUAAACACAGAGGAGCAGGGCGUUGAAUCAGACGAUGAGAAGGACUCACUGAAGAAGCAGCUGAGGGAAAUGGAGCUGGAACUGGCACAAACCAAACUGCAGCUGGUGGAGGCCAAGUGCAAAAUCCAGGAACUUGAACAUCAGAGAGGAGCCCUUAUGAAUGAAAUACAAGCUGCAAAAAACUCUUGGUUUAGCAAAACCCUGAACUCUAUCAAAACGGCCACGGGCACUCAGCCACUGCAGCUGCCACAGGCCACCCAGCCACCCAAGGAGAGCACAUAGUUCCAGCCUCAACCAAGCACAAGAGCACAAGGAUCAAAGCGCUGGGAAGCCCGGGGGGAUUCUUCCUGGUGGUCCCUUUGAAGGAAAGUAAAGGAGGCCAGAAAGCAAGCCAGAAUCUUUCAGUAGCUCUCUACUCUUUCUUCUAUGACACUUUUCAAAGGGACGUUAUUGAAACUGCUCUGAUGUAUGUUGAAUACCUGUUUUUGAGCUUCUUCAUGGAAGGCCAUGUUCAGAUCCAUCAUAGUAUUACACAUUAUUUUAUAUGCCUGAUGUUUAGUUGGAAAUAAGUAAUUCAGAACUAAAAGCUUUUUAUUCAGAAGUAAUUAUUCAUAAUUAUUUUUAUCCUACAUAAAAAUGGAGAUGUCUUUUAUUCCAAGGUUGAAAUGAUAGGAGGAUAUCUGUGACAGCAAAAAA